AUGGAUCUUGUCAGCCUGACAGACGAAGAAAAGAACCAGUACAGUUACAAAAGGUAUAGUGGUUAUGCUUUCCUCAAGGAAGUAGUUGGCAACGUUGGAGACCAACUGCGGGCUAUAUCAAAACUAGAAUGCAAGCCCGAUGAUGUUCUCAUUGGUGUAUUUCCGAAGUCAGGCACACACUGGCUCUAUAAUACAGUCAUGAUGCUUCGUACCGGAUCACUGAACUAUCACGGCACCCCUGUCUUAAUGGAAUAUCAAGACAUUAGUAAUGUAGAGAACAUGCCGUCACCAAGGACAUUCGGUUCCCACCUGCGGUUUCGAUUCCUUCCGGAGCAGAUGAAGCUUGGUACAGCGAAAGUUAUCACAAUUACUCGCAAUCCUAAAGACGUGGUUGUUUCUGUGUACUAUAUGUUGCAGAGUUUAGGAGAUGUCGGAUACACGGGGACAUUUGAAGGUCUCUUGAAGCGGUUUUUCUCUGAAGAAAGUUUUUGGGGAAACGGAUCAUGGUUUGCUUGGAUGAAAGAUGUGAAAGAUUGGAAGAUCAGUAAUAUACUGUGCAUUUCAUACGAAGAUUUUAAGCAGGACACGUUUGGAAAUAUUGUCAAAUUAGCUUCAUUUCUUGAAGUUGACCACGAUAAUACCUGUCUGAAGAAGGUUGAACAGAAAAUUAGUUUCGCUGAACUAAAAAAAAGUCACAACAUUGUGUCCCCAGCCAGCGAGCGAUGGAAAGACAUUACGGAAGAGGGACAUCUCCCAAUAUACAGGAAAGGUGAAAUUGGAGAGUGGAAAAACAAAUUUACUGUAGCACAGAACGAAUGGUAUGAACAGAUGUGUAAAGAAAAAUCAGAGGAGUUUGAUCUUAAAAUGGAUAUUGUCUAUGAAUGA